GCCACUUCAAUAUGUUCACGUUUUACCUUUUGUGAGCUGUGGAGUCGAAAUUAAGAGCAGACCCCCUGACCAAGAGCAACUGUCUGUUCGUUGUUUGCUCAUCACUUCGGGUAAGGUUGGUUUGAAGAAGGUCGCUUUCACCAACAGCAGGCAAACAAGUACCCAACAGCAGGCAAGCAAGUUUGAAGGAGGCAAACAAGUUUCAGGGUAAUGGGAAAAAGUGAAAUUAUUCUGCUCUGCUGCCUUGUGGCUUGUGUAUCAGGCGUGAAAUGGCAGUUGCCUGGAUACUUUUCUAGGCUGGAAAGAAUCGGACCAGGAAAAGAAGUGACAGUGUCUGACAAGAUGCGUGCAAAGGCUUUGGGACCAAACGUCUGUGUGCAGAGAAUCCCGAUUGGUUUUCAGACAAAAUGCGUUAUUUUAAACUACAAAUACAACUGUACAAUGACAUCUCAGUAUCGUACGGUUUUUCACUGUUGUCCAGGAUUUGCUGCAAUGCUACACAAGUCUGGUUGCCCUCACGAACUUUAUGUGUCCAACAAAACAAUUUUCGAGGAAAUUGAAAGAAUGGGACUGUCAACAUUGGCAACACUGGUUAGAACAGCAGGCCUGAAGGAAACGCUGUCUGGAAAAACCAAGUACACCCUGCUUGCUCCAAACGAUGCAGCUUUUAAAAAAAUUGACAAAGGCAAGCUCAAAGCGUUGAUGGCUGACAAAAAAGAACUUUCUAAGUUUUUGCUUUUGCAUGUAAUCAAAGGGAAAGUUCCUUCUUCAGCUCUCAAAGACAACCAUUUUGUUUCUUCAAUGGAGUCGAGCAAAUUGAGAGUAAAUCUAUUUAUGCAUAGGCGGGUUGUGACAUUCAACGGAGCACGUGUUGUGAUUGGAAAUAAAGGUGCAAGCAACGGCAUUAUCCACGUAAUCGAUUCUAUUCUGCAAGUGCCAAAGACGACAGGGGAAAAGCUGCUCGCAGGCAUUAGAAAGGUUUCAUUGUUUCGCAAAGCAUUAGUAAUGAAUAAUGUCACAAUUCCGGCAGGAUCAACUGUGUUUGCGCCCACUAAUAAAGCGUUUAACAACAUCGACGCAUCUGUCUUCAGCCGACUUCUGAGAUCGCCCAACUGCAUGAAGAACCUUCUUCUCAACCACAUUCUUCCCGAGCCGGUUUUCACAACAAUUAUUGACAAAGGAUCCUUUGGACUUCGAACUAAGGAAGGUACGGCAUACAUGAUGAGAAAAACAAAUGAAACAGUGAUGGUAGGCAAGGCCUUGUUUCUGCAAAACGACAUAUUGGCAAAAGAUGCAGUCAUUCACAUUAUUGACAGUGUUCUCGUUCCUACUUCAGCUUUGACUGUUUUGGAAAUUGCUAGGAAAGGUGGCGCCCAUAUUUUCACAAAUCUUAUCAAAGAAGCCGGACUGAAGCCGCUGAUGACUGAAAACGGAAAAUAUACAAUAUUUGCACCGUCUGAUGCAGCCAUGCAAAAGUUUAUAGGCAACAGCACAACAGACACCCUCCAGAACAUAACCGAUAUAAUCAAAUUUCACAUUGUGCCUCGCUCUUUACAGACGUGUGAUUUUGAGAAUGACAUGUUGCUGGACACCUUAGAUGGCAAGAAUAAGAUACGAAUAAAUGUAUAUGAUUACGGAACGAACAAUGCAGUUCAAGGGGUUUGUUUGAAGUCUUCCAAAUGCAACAUCGAAGCCUGCAACGGAGCAGUGCACGUGGUAUCUGAGGUACUUCGGCCUGCAAGUCAAACCUUGUUUGAUAUCAUCAGUACAGACAAACGAUUCAAUGCCUUCGCAGCGGCUAUCCAAAAAGCCAAGUUGGAGAACACAUUGAAAGGAAAAGGCCCUGUGACGAUUUUCGCACCUACCAAUGCUGCUUUCACCAAAUUAAAGCCAGCAUCUUUGGAAAAGAUCCUCGGAGAUGAGAAACGCUUAAAAGAUUUGCUUAAAUAUCACUUGAUACACGGCACGUAUUUCCGCUGCGCCUUUUCAAACGAUUGCCCAAUGACAGCUAUGAAUGGAGGAAGUGUUUUGGUAAGCAAGAACAAUGAUAUCAUCCAGGUAAACGGAGGAAAGGCGGUUGCGAAAGAAUUGGUAGCUUCAAACGGCAUCAUUUACCCUAUCGACUGUGUCCUGUCUGUCAAAUACAAUCGCUCGUUUUUCAGCCGAUUCUGGCAGUUGUUGGGUCUGUGAAAUCUUUAUCUAGGGAAGCAACGAACAAGAAACAAACAAAUCGUAGUUUAGAUUCAUUCACGAUGAUUUAAUACAGCGAUGUCCGAGAAUGUAGAUUUUUUCAAACUUAAAUACCAAAUUUCGUCUGUUCAUUGAUACAAAAGUCGUUUUUUAAGCUAACCAUUCUAUGCAAAGUUUGACUGCUAACUAGCAAUGCUUACUUUCUUCAAAAAUUUAGGAAAAAUAGCAACAUUAUACAUGGAAAACAUAGCUCCAACCAGCUUUUGUUGAAGAUAACAUUUUUCACCACAGAAUCUACAUGUUUUCAUUUGUGACUUGUUACAAUCUCCCUCGCCUUCUUCAUCUUUAUUGAUUUCUUAAAAAAAUUCCAUGCAUUCUGUUAUCUUACUUUCCGUGUUUCUUUGGCUCGCCAUUCUUUUCCCUUGAGCCAGUCAGUGAUAUCUGGCCUUAGGUCAAACUGAUCUUAACUUGGCAUGUUGUAAUUUAUGUACAAAUGCAAAUUUGGCAUUUUUAUAUGAAAUGAAUUUCUGGGUGGCGUCUUAAUUAAUUAAAAGCACUAGCUAACCUCCAACAUCACAAGAAAGGCGUUGCUGGAAGGAUUCUUCCCAUUACAAUGGUAGUGUUCUUAAUUAUCUGCAGCUGGAGCAACCAAAGAGAUUCCCAGUUUUAAUAGCAACAAGCUCAGGUCCUUAUCUGGGCAAAGCAAUCCAUAAACCUUCUCCAUAUCUGUUGUUUCUUUUGAUGCUAAGAAUUACCUCAAUGUACAUAAAUCUUCACUAUUGACAUGAAACUAAACCAUUGUCAAAGGUAUUCAACCAGGCUUUGAAUGAUUUAAUGCUUACCUGCCUCUACAACUGGAGCAUAUGCAACAAUACAUGCAACUGGAACAUACAGAUCAGGGCUUCGUAACAUGCAGUUCCAUCCAAAAUAUGCAGUUCUAAAAACAUUUUGUGCAGUUCAAAAAUGUUUCUUUUAACGAAGAAAUAAGUCAAGAAAAAAGGUUGGAAAAGACAUCUUUCUUUCUACCCUAGAAGUGUUAUUAGAGAGGGGGCUUAUUAAUUAUUCAAAGUAUAAAAUUAUAUAAAAUUGU